CCCGCCGCCAUCUCAGGUCUCCGCCUGGCUGGGGCCCACCGGAGAGAGCUGACGCCCAGGUCCUAGAAUCCUUAUGGGGGACCAACCUUGUCCCUCCGGGAGAUCCACGCUCCCGUCUGCAAACACGCGGGAAAGCAAGCCUCCGAGAAAGCGCUGCCUCUUAGCUCCACGGUGGGAUUAUCCAGAAGGGACCCCAAACAGAGGUACCCCUCUCCCCUCCGCACCUCCUCCGGCAUCUCCCGGCCUGAAGUCGCAUCCUCUUCCUCCGGAGAAGUCGUAGAAUAGACUUCUCCCACCCUAAGCCAGUUUUGGAGGGAUUGCAGUAGGACUCCAUUUCCAUGCUGCGUUCAUGAAAUAGUUUAUCCAAUGACGACAAUGAGGGUUGUUGACAACGCUACCCUGAUUUUUCUGUUCUUCUGCACUGGAAUGGAAAGUUGUGAUUUUUUUAAGUUAACGGUUUUGCUGGCGAUACUUUGAAACUGGGUAAAAUAUCCUGUUUCUCAACAAACUAAAAUCCACUGAUUUGACAGCCUCUGACAAAUCUUGACUGACUCAGUUUUUACUGUGAUGACUGCAAAAUGGGAUGCCUCUUAGUAAAUACCAGAUGGCUUGUACAUUAGGCCUAUCUUUGGGAACCACCUGCAUCAUCGCCUCCUGAAAUGAGACAACUGUUCAACUGAACUGUUUUCAAGACUGAGACUGGUUUUACAACUUAUAUCUAUAUAUAUAAAAGCCUAAUAUGCAAAGUGUCCCCUCAGGAGUUCAACUGACCCGGAGUUUGAUCGCUUGCUAUAAUGUGUGCUGACC